AUGGCUACAAAUGUGGAUGAAAACUACCACCAAACAUGGGGGAUCCCAUCUGUACUAAGUCUAAAAAGCAAGAACUUGAACUCUCCGACGAUUAAUCCAUUGAAUAACGGUGCACUUUCACAACAGAAGCAGCCAUAUAAAGGGCUAUCUAAGAGGCCAUCUAAGAGACAAGCGAAGGGACUUACUAAGGUACCAAUCAAGAGCCCAAUCUUGGCUACAAUCAAGGAGCCGAUGACAAAGGGUCCUGCAAAGCCUCCUGCAAAGCUUCCUGCCAAGCCUCCUGCAAAGCUUCCUGCCAAGCCUCCUGCAAAGCUUCCUGCCAAGCCUCCUUCAAUUCUUUUAUCUCAUAAACCUAAAGUUGAGCUAAAAUUUCCGGUGCCUUUUGUAAAUGAUCUUAAAAAAGUUGUUUUAGAUGAGCAGACAGAAGAUCUUGUUAGGUAUCUCAGAAAACCAGAUCCGUUAGUAACGCGAAAUCGCGAAAGAAGUGCAUCCAAUUUCACUUUGUUGACGCCAAUCAGCUCAAUAUAUUUUCCCGAGUCACCGAGUGUUUUACUGGAUAGAAUUGAUAAAACGUUAUUUGAAGGAUCCUCUAUGUUGGAGCCGCGGUUGGUCAAGAGUUUUAAAAAAUAUAACGCACCAAAAUUACUACCUGAUGAUGCCCCUUUGAAUUUGGCUGUGUUAGGAAAGCCCUUGCCCGGAUAUGAUAUUGGGCCAUUGUAUGAGAAUAAAUAUUCUUCUAGUCCUAUAGAUGCAGAAGAUGAUUGUGAGAAAAAGUGCCUUGCAAUAUUGUAUUCAGAGUUGAACAAAGGUGAGUUACCUCCAUUCAAGAAAGAGUUGGAGUUGAAUGAAAAGGCAGAAAUGGUUCACUGGUAUGACUAUGCGUUGUACAAAUUAUUUGGUAUUGACAGAUAUGGAUACUUUACUUUAAAGGCAGAAAAGGAUUGGUAUCAACUACAUCCAUGGGGUUUGUUGGAUCAGGACUCGGAUGAAUAUAGUGACGAUUUUGGAGACAUUAAUGAGAGUGUAACAAGUGAGGUAGAUGCGUUCGAACCUGGUGAUGAAAUAUUUCACGGCUUCUUACAUAGAUCUGAUUCAGGUUCUGUAAUGUCACUAGAUCGUUAUUUGAGUUAA